CAUAUGCUUCACUGUACAAUUAUCGGUUUUCCAACUUCUGGAUUAUAGAAUCCUGUAAUCUUAUUUGCGUGUUAUUCAGGAUGAAGAUCGGCGUACCCAGAGGUGACAACUAUAAACUGGUGUUAGCUGGCUUACAGUUAACUCAAAGGGAUUACAUUGAGCUUCUCACCACGUGUAGUAUUGAAGAAUUAUCCAUACAUUUGGAAUCGUUCACUCAGUGGGUAUGGGAGAAGAGUGACAUCUUAUGCUGGGCCCCCGUUUUGAAUCGUUUUGAUGACAUUUUCCGCUCAUAUCUCGAUCCUUUUAGAACUUAUAUGAAGGGAGAAAACGAUUCUAUUUUGUCUUUUUAUAAUGUUGAUUUGUUGAGUCUUGUGCGUACAGUGUUGAAGGCAUCUGUAAUGAUCGUAGAAAAUUGCACAUCUAAAAGUGUAUACAAUUCAGUUGAUUUAUUGAUAUCGUUUUUAGAUGAUGUUGACCCGGAUAUAGUCUUUUUAUCUACAAAGUUGCUUUGCGUGUACUUUAGUCGUCAACGGCGGAAUACCACUCCAAAGGACGUCCCGGAAGUCUCUGCACGAAUCGCCCUAUUGUCACAGUCACCAUUCCCUGAUGCUACAUGUCACGUUUACAAAACAGUAAGCAAGUCAAAUGAUCAUUGUUCGGCAGAAAGAACUUCCGUUUCAGAAUUAUCUGAGAAUUUUGCUAGCGUAUCCUAUUCAGAUGUCAUUGACUACUAUGUUGCACAAAAUGAGUAUUAUCUGAAAACGGAUUCGUACGUAGAGAUUGGACAAGAUGUCACACGAGGUCAUGAAUCAUCGAAGUUACGGAUCCCUGUCAUUGACAUCUUAAAUAUCUACGACGACACGCUAUCAAUGAAGACAUCUUCUCCACCGAAUACCGAAGGCCAUGAAAAGCUAAUGGCUGAUGUACUAGCUUGGAAGAACUCCUUAUCAACAGAGUCAGAUCUUUACCAACACAUGUUAAAAACGCUACGGCUUAUCAUGAAAAAGAACAAAAUUGAGGCGUGUUAUUUUGCAGAGCUGAAAUAUAAGUUUUGCAAGGUUUAUUCACUUUACUUUCCUUAUCUACAGCGUAGAUUGGUUGAUAUACGCAUAUGUGCCUUAAUAUGUAUGGUCAUCAUGAACAAUACCUCCUAUACACAGUUUUUGAAUUACAACCCUUCAUUUCUGCACGAGAUAACUCAGAUGAUAAGACGCCACGAGGAGUUGGAGCGUUCUACUAUGGUAAUACUUACCGAACUUUUAUCUGCUAUGGUCUACGAUGGCUUACAUUGUAAAACCCUGGCAAAUUUGUUUGGGUUGAAUAUGCCACAUGGAAUUUUUUCCAAGGUUCUGAAGCACUAUUUGCGUCAUCCAUUCGAAAACAUUCCACUUCCACCUUUGUUGCGUUUUAAAUCUCCAGAGGAUACGAAAGAAUACGCUUCUAUGACUGAUUUAUGGAAUCACGAUAAUCCACAGCGUUCAUCGGAUAUGCAUGAGGAGGGAUUAGUAGAUCUCCAACUCAAGGGCCGGGUUGUAUCAACUCAAGCCCAUUUGGCCGAGUGGGAUAGCAGUGUUCGAGUCAUGUGUGAGAAUGGUAUGUCGGCUAUGCAAUAUGAGGAGGAUUCUAUGCGCAUUCUUUUACAGCUGUUGGUCGUAUUUUAUACAUUCAUAUCGUAUCAUGGUUGUAGUAAUGCUUUGACUAACACGUCAGUGAUUGAGGCGAUUGUUAAUUUCAUAAGAAUUCGGGAUCCAAUAUAUUUACCCGUGGUUAUUUAUUUGGUCCAAGUACUCGAGACAUUAUUGGAUUACAAUCAAACAGUAUCUAGGAUUUUUCGCAAAGACCUUAAAAUUUAUCAUGUUUUCAUAUCUCGCAUACAGUUUGAUAUGCAUUACAUUGAGGAGAGUGCUGCUUUUGAAAAUGUUGAGACCGAAAGUGUUCAUUGGCCUGUUGGUUGGAAAAUACCACAAACUACAGACAUAAGAACGCUGAGGAGUUAUUGGUUGUCGAUUGGUCAUGUAAGUGCACGUAGGUUCUUGUUGAAAACGCUUGUUCGCAAUAUAGAUACUUCUGCGAGGUCUAUUUCCGGACGUUCGGAAUCCCAUGAUUAUGAUAUAUUUGCGCCGGAUGGAGCUAUUAUACCUAUUAUCAACUCUAUCUUUAAGAAUCCCCCCAAAUAUGGUUUGAGCGUAUAUAGCUUUGCCGUUAAUCUUGUGUCUGACUGUUUAGGUGAUGAUCCCAUAUUACAAGAGGAUUUACACCGUUUGGAAGUUAUGCCCGCGUUGAUGAAUUCAAUAACACCGGACAAUUUGAAAUCUGAAGAGUGCCUUCAUGUUAUUCCUACGGCUGUUUGUGACGUACUUCUACACCGAAGUGGGUGUGAAUACAUGAAAAAGCAUGAUUAUGAACCAAUAUUGACGCUGAUUGACAUAAUACCUAAUAAGGAUUUUGUUCUUUUUGAUCGUUUUGGAGAAGUGGCAUCUACUGUAGGCAUGUCGCUGGAUAGCAUCGUGCGGAACCAUGAGGAUGCAAGUGUUUUCAUUAUCAGACGAAUAGUUAAAAUAAUGCACGAGUUGGUAAAAGAAGCAUCCACAUUCCCUCCUUUCGUUCCGCAGGAUUCCGUACAAUGUGAAAAAUCUUACGAGGUGUAUAUGCAUGAAUUCAGGACAAACCCUCCAGAAAUAACACUGGAUAUGCUUAGAUCAUUGGAUGAUACAGACGGUCAUGAGUUUUUUGCUGAUAGGAUAUCUCACCUCGGAAAAUGUCUUUCCACGUUUUUGUGUUACCCUCCAACUCUAAGUCGUUUUAUUGCUAAUGAUGGGAUGACUUUCGUAUAUCAGUUGUGCUCUUUACCCUGCUUGCCUCCUCUUUCGAUGUUAGUAUAUUCCCAGCAUCCGUUGGCCAUUGUGCUUAAGUUUGUGUUAUCACAGGCAAAACCACCAUGCAUCUCCUAUAUUCAUAGUCUGUGUCGGCCAUAUUUGCUUCAACCUACGUCUUAUAAAAUCCCACAAACACAUCAGGAUUUUGUCAAAAACUUGCAAUAUAUGUGUAUGUUUCAGGGGAUAAGCUAUACUUUGUAUUUGAUUCAUCGCGAUAACAGCACCUUUUAUGAGACUUGUUGUAGUGGACAGUUCCAAUUAGGCGCCACGGUGUUGUCUCGUUGUGAUAUGCACAUAACAAUCAGUGCAUAUUUGCGUCGUCUGAUAACCGAAUUACCAUAUUUGAUGAAAACAUUUUUCAUGUCAACAAACGAAGGGGAUUUAGAAACGUUUUUUAUAUUAAGUGGGAAACAUACACCUCAUGAGCACCCACAGCUGAAGGCAUACAAACUGUUUAGUCGUGAUACUAAAGAUGCACCGCCAUCACCCGAGGCUACCUUUUCAGCAAAUGAUUUGUUUUGGUCGAGCCAAUUUGCUUAUGCAUACAGCAAUCCGAAUCCAGCAUACAGCGGAAGCAUAUCUUACGAAGUUUCCAAUGAUUGUUUCAAGAUGAAUACUGAAGUUUGUCGCCUAUCCAUUGUAACUUGUAAGGCAAUACUAUAUGCGCUUACUGGCACCCUUAACAAAUCCUUUAGGUUUGUGUCAUCUUCUAAUACAUGUAUGAUUAACUUCAUCGCCAACCAUCUCUAUUCUCUAUCCCUGCUGUGUAUAAGUAUUUUGAACUCCUCACCUUCUAUGGAAAAUUUUGCGUCAGGGUCUAGCAUGUUUUUGGAGGGUAUGGAUUGCACAAAUACCGCUCGUUUCGUUGCUGAAGCCAUGGAGAUGAUAUACAAGUUGUUUGUAGAGGACCGUAAGGAUGGUAGCCUGUUUAUGCUCUCCUUCAUUGUAUUUGCAAGGAUGUCAGGUAUUCAAUAUGUCAGAGAUGUUUUUGACUACGUGUGCGUUAUGUAUCUGGGUUGUGGAUUAGCAUUAGCUUUGCGCAAUAAUCCCGAUUUGGUGCCAGAGAAUGUUUUAGGUAAUUGCCUGAAAGGGAACCCACGCAAUAUUAUGCUUGUAGUAGACACUUUGAGUUCUUAUGAUGCGCGAAAAAUCAAGUAUACAAUGGAUAUAUUAGGCCGCUCAAUACAUAUCUGUUUGGGUUUCUUUGGGAAAAUAUGCAAUCCCAAGACUCUAUUACGGUUUCGCACUGAAGCUGAUAUCUUUGCUUAUACCUAUUCAUCAGCAUUCUGCAACUUAAUACCUGAGGACAACGCAACUAUGCAUUCUUUGUUGACAUCAUCAGUGGUUAGCAUUGGUUCAGCUUGUUGGGAAUGGUUGCAAUUUAUCGGUUCAAUAGAAUCCCCUGUACCAGGGAAUAGUGCUGCAAGCAUGCAUUUUUAUAUAUCAGCAAAAGUCAUAGGUUCACUUCUCAAAGUCCAUGUGUACGUGUUAGAUUUUUUCUCUGAGUCUCGUCAGGAGGCAUUAAAGGCCCAUUGGGAUGCUGCUAACGCAUUAAAGAUGGAUGGAACGGCGAACGCACGAUUCAACAGUGAUGGUAGAAGCGCAACAGCACGUAGAGUCAGGCGCCAGCGUAGAACAGUGCAUGGUACACAUGUUUCGGUUGACCCAAAUGAUGACAGGAGGGCUUAUAACUUGGAAGAAGUACGUUCCACAUUAAUUGACAUGGGUUUCUUGGAUAAUGAUAUAACGAGAGCUCUGGACCAUUGCGGGUAUACCGAUGUAUCUGUUUUAGCGGAUUGGUUACUGGACCACGCAGAAGUGGGAAUACCCAGUGCAACACCGAAUAACACUUCCCAUACAAAUGAAAGUAUCACCAUUGAUGCAUCCCAUGAUAUGCCACCUAGACAAUCCAAUAUAGAGGGCAUCUCUGGACCCUUUAAUAGUUUAAACAUAUUUCCGAUUGAUUGUCACUAUGCUGACGUUUCUGACGAUUUGUGGAGUUUUCCAAGCUUUCACAAAUUCAGAUUGGAGUUGGAUGCUGAUUUUACCAAAUUACGUGAUGACAUGAGAGAAAACUAUGUAAGGAUUGUCUUGGUUUUGAGCACAAAAAUGUCGACGUCUUUGCCUUUAAUUUUCGACUAUUUGCUCCGAGCAUGUUCGCUACCGAUUCCUCUUACAACGUCUCUUAAAUCAACUACCGCUUUUGAUUCAUCUCAAAACCAGAACAUUAUAGAUCUCUUUAACUUCAUAUAUAACGACUUGGAUAGCAUUUACAGUUCGAUAUCUACGUUGACGUUACCUACGAACAGAGAUGAGCUUCUUUCGCUGUUCUGCCCAGUGACUUUUAUGGAAGAGGUGGAUAAAUAUGUUGCGUUAGAAUCUACAGUGUUUUCGGGUAAACCUAUACUUGAUUCAGAAUACAAUGCGGAUGUGGCAAGGCUUCAUGAACGAUUGCUAGGGUUAUUCUAUAUUCUUGCCCAUUUGAUUGGAGGUCGAGAAAGUUACAGUUCCUUGCUUCUGAAGAAUUUGAAAAAUCCUAUAGAUGUGAUUUUGGGUUUGAUCGAGGUUUUCCAAAAGCUGCGUUACGAGGCGUUGAAAUCAGGCAUUCUUACCUUUGCCGGAAUUGGGAUAAAACCAACAUUACCGGGCAUUGCAAUUUCACUUCCCGAAUGGUGUAUGCAUAAUGAGCUCCCUAGAACGCAGAACAAGGAAAAGUCACACUACAAGCCAAAGGUGGAAUAUGGAUUGAUUAAACAUGGCUUUAUACGUAAUACUGACAUUCCUCAGUUGAGUUGUACACCCCCUUUCUUUACAUAUGCAAUGAUUUGCAUAAGUGAAUUGUUGAAGAAGUACUCGUUGAUUGGUUUAUCAAAUGCGUUAUCAUCAUCAAUGGACCUAAGCAAACACAUUGAAAUUUUAUCGGCAACAAAGAACGUUCCAUACAUUUCGCGGAGCACGCAGCACAAGUUAGUAACUACCUCCAUUAGUAUCCUUGAAUGUUUCCCCGGUGCAGAUUCCGAUUUGGUAUUUUCCCUUUUGUCCAUUUUAGACGGUCUCACAGAAGUGUAUUCGAACGUGAUUGAGUUGCUACAAUACAAGAGAUUACCUCCUCAGGAAAACUACCCAGCUCAUUUCAAUCGUCGCAUUGAUGUAAGUGAUAUUGUUGGAGGGGAUUCCUUAUCCAUUCUUUUAACGAUACCGCGUUCUGGUCAGUGUAAGGGUAUGCUAAAGAUGAUUGCUAAUAUUAUAUUGCAUUGCAUGGAGAAUCCAAUAGUUUUGCGAGAGGCUAUAGAGAAAUGUAUUGUGUCACUGUUGUCUAACAAUGAGAGCGAACCAGUGGCAUUGUCAACACUUGUGGAAAAGGUGUUUCCCUUCACCAAGAAGGAUCCGGUUAAUUUGCUCGAAAUCUUGCAGAGGUUAUGUGUAUUAACGUUGGAAGAAGGGGUUACAAAUGUUGACCUCAGUUCUGCAAGCAUUACGUUGCGUUCUUCAUCUCGGAUUUCUUCAUUGCUGUCGUCAAAUACAGACUUAAUAUCUCCCGGUAAUAUACCAAUAUUGGAAGCGACGAACAAGGAUAGAAUAAAUAUUGAUUCGACUGACCUUAUGAGGGGCAUAUUACGUUUGUUGAUAGUAUACAUGCAAAUAUUUUGCAAUAUUCAUGGAAUGACUCGUCUUGGAUGCCUCAACAUCGAAGGUUCGAAACCGGGUUACCCAUUUGCUCUUACAAUCAACAGUUUGUUCUACCUAAUGAACACCAUGUCUUACAAUUUCCCAGCCCCCUUCAAAGAAAGCCGUCUGCCAAAGUGUGAAUUUGACGUUCCUAAUACGCCUUUCCCCUGGAAAGUGAACAAUGUGAAUGUGGAAGACAGUCAUCUUGUCUUGUUGUAUCUCAUUCGCCGCAUUUUUCUAAUGAUAUUUUCUUUAUCCAAAACUAAAUCAAAAGAUGGGCAGCCACGAGACAAUGAACAGGAAGCGCAUGCCAUUCACAAGCUUGUAGUAUCUACGCUUGACAGCUACACCAAUUGCAUACUUUUGAUAUGUUCUCGUAACAUCAAAAUGUGUGUUACUAUGUUUGAGGAACUUAAGACACUUUUGUUGUUUUUGAUGGGUUUGAAUGCAAAAGACUGCAGUUCGCCAUAUUUAACAGUAUCCAUUUGCUCUGUUUGCAACUUGUUGCAUAAUAUGCUCAAAUUGCGUUUUGAAGAUAGUUUUAAUGCUGAAAUUUCUCAAGAAUCUGUUUUCCAGGUGAAGAAGUGCUUGUCAAGUUCAUUCCACAAACUAGAUCUGAACCGCGAUGGUAGUAGCAUUCUUUGCGGUGCAAUAGUACGUGAUUUAGUGUUGUUGACUGCUCCUAAUAAGCUUGGUGGAUUUGCAGCUGGUCGUCAAGGAGAAUGUAACCACUUUUUGGAUGGCUACGGCAAUCGAGGUGAUGGUUCUGGUGUUGAUAUAUCUCUGGAAGUUGAUUCAGAUUCUGAUGAUAUGGAUGAAACUACAUUGUCUUCGGACGAAGAAAUGACUGACCCUGACAGCGAGGAGCUGGAUGAAUACAUGGAAGAUGCAAUGGAUGAGGAUAUUGUCACUGACACUAGUGACGAAAGGGACGUAUCAGGCAGCGAUACUGACCCAGAUGAAGACGAUUCACAGUUCGAUUCGGAUAGUGAAGGCAUCAGUGAUGAUUCUAUUGAGAGUGGUGAUUUGGACACAGAUGAUUCUGAUGCUUCUAACGAUGUUGAUAUGGCAUUGCCACACCAGGUUGAUGAAAAUUAUGUAUCCAUUCAACAUUCGGAUUCAGCAUCCCACUCCAGCCUAGAUGAGGUUGAUGAUGAAGAGGAAGAUGAUGACGAUGCGCCUCGUAUUCGUGUCGUUGGUGAAUUAAACGAGGAAAGUCAUGAUGAGCCUAUAUCUGAUGUAAUAGAAGAUACGCGUCCCCAUCUCAAUGUUGCUGAAGAUGAUAACAACGAGUUGCUCUCUGGAUAUUCAUCGUCCAGUGAUUUCGAUGGCUUUGCGGAAUCGAUGCGAUCUUCACACGAACGUGGGAUUUCUAGUACUAUGGGAAACAAUAACGUCUCCAUUAACAUUGAGAAUCCAAAUUUAACGUUACCUGGUGCCCCUGCGAAUGGUAUUCACAUACAAAUUGAGAUUUCUGACACACCUGCUGCUAUGCAUUAUGUUGGACCCGAAAACAAUACAACAUCAGUGUCUACAUUGCUAGAUCGACCACCUCAGGGGACUACCAUGGUUUCUCAUAGCGUCGCGAAUAAAAAUGAAACUUGGGCUCAGGUUGGAGAUCUGCACAUUCCACCAAAACACCCGAUGUUGCCAUCGUCGAAGAAAGCUGCCCAUCCACCUACUGGAUACACUGGUGAGGUUUUGAAUUUAAUUGCUUCAAGUCUUCCUCGAUUACAAUUACCUCGAAAUGUUCCUCCAGAUUCUUCUGAUCAUAUGGCAGAACAACGAGGGGCUGCUACUGCCGAAGGUAGUGUUGUCGAGGAAGGUAAUGUGAAUGUCAUACAUCCUCCUGAAUCGAAUGUGGUUGUCGAGACAGAUACUGUUCCUUCACAACCUGAUCAACAAUCGCCUUUGCCACCUGCUUAUUUCAAUACUCAUUUGGAUCGUAUUGCUACUGCCAUGGGUAUAACGUAUAACGAGCUCUUUUCGCUGGCAAACAUGGAUGCCUCCGUUAUUGCUGAAUUACCUGAAGAACUGAGAGAAGAGAUAAUUGUGCAACAAUUAAGUACAAUAGACACUGAUGCUUUGGCAUCGCUUUCUGAAAAUCGGCAGCCAUCUUCUACCAAUAUUCCCACUGUUUUGCCUACUCAAGAUUCAACGCGUUAUAUAGAGGCUUUGCCAUGGUCCUUACGUUCUGAUGUGUAUCAAGCUAUCCAUGGAAAUGCUGGUAAUUCACAUUCUAACCCAUUUCUACGUAAUGGCACCGAGGAAGCGAAUUUGUUAUCUGCCUUGGGUCCCGUUCUACGUAGUCAAUUAUUCUCCGGUGCCCCUCCAGAUUUCUUGGACAACUUGGUUCCUGAUAUAUUUAAUACCCACGGUUCUGGUCACAAUCGCACUACUAAUAGUGAAGACAGGCCAUCAGACUCUCGGUUGGCGGACAUUGCUAGGGAGCCGUUGAUGAAUGCCCACGCACUAUUGUCCAACAUCGCAAGCAUAGCGGAGUUAGCGAACGCUGAGAAUAAUUCGGAUAGAUCCGGUAACAACCAGAGCAACCAGCCGGCGUUAACGUUUGGUGUUAUUAUCGAAGACGUGGGAAGUGGCAACAAUCGUGGUACCAAUGUACCGCGUACGCGAAACUCAGGGGGCUUGAGAAGGCUUGCGCCUAGCAUAUUUAGGCGCACUGCCGACGGUAGUGGUAGAGGUAUGAACACUAACGACAUUUUUAUUUUCGAAGACCGUCGUAUGCGCCAAGCACGCUCCCCUAUGCGCACAAUGAGAACCGUUGGUCACAUUCCACAAAAUGUGGACCGCUUGGACUUCCAUUUGGGUUCUUCUGAGCCUUUUAUUAUGGGUAAUAACGGUCGUGAUGGUAUUGACGAACGGAUAAUACAAUCGUUGCCUCAGUUGUUCCACAGCUUCCAGCCUCAUAUCUUCAACAUGAUAGACUCCAGUGCUCGUGGUAUGAAUUCAACUCUUGCUGGUAUGCGUCCUGUCCAACCUGAAACGCACCCACGGAUGGAUUCAAAUGCCGACGUAUCCUGUGAUAAAUUACUUGAAGGUGUCUUGCGUGUCAUUCCUCAUUCGGCCUGCGAAUCUUCGUCAAAUCCUUCUGCACCUCGUCCUAUACGGUUGGUGGAUAUAUGUAACGUAUCUAAAAACGAAUUCACGGAAUCUGACAUUAUCGGUAUUUGCAAGAUGAUGUACCUGAAGGAAGAAAUAAACAAAAAAAUAUACUUUAAGCUUUUAUACAAUUUGGUUGCUUCGGAUCAUUCAACUUGCAAUAUGGUAUUGAAGACAUUUUUGUACAUUAUCCACACUUCAAUCUUAUCAACGAGCCACAGUUGUGUGUCGAGUAUUCGUACUGACAAAUUCUUUUCAAGGUUCCCUCGUCUUUGUUCUUCUCGCAAGUGGGAUUUCCCACCGUCUCACGUAUAUGGUUCUUUACCCUAUAAGCACGUAUCUUUUGAUGUUAAGUUGGACUCUGAAUCAAAUCAAGGAUCAGAUUUGAUGGGAGGCAUGGGAUCAGCGUCAGGUAACUUCAGUUGUGUUGAUUUAAAUCCUACUUCUGCAAGUUAUGUAUCAUGUGAACGCGUGUUGGAACAGCUACGAAGCCUUCUCAUAGCGUUUCCCAAUACUAUGGUAUUCUUUGCCACUCGUAUUUCUGCAACACAUUCUCACGAUAACCAGUCUUCUGGAGGUGGUCGCAGCAAGCGUUACAAGUCUUCUGAUUCUCCAACUCGCGACGAUUCCACAGUGAUUCACACGUAUCCUAUUGUUUUCCUCUUUAUGGCUACUGCGACUAAGUUAUUCCAAUCGUCUCCCAAAUUGAUGCAUCAUCUUCUUAUGGCAAUCCAUCAUUUACUGGUACAAUGUCCAUCUUCGGAGUUACAUGAUGGUAUGGACGGGUCUGAUGCAAUAGUGGAUACUUCGGAACAUGGUUACAGUGAAGAUGCCCAUGGUUCCAUUGCUUCUGGCCCCGAUAAUGAUGUCGUUGAGGAUUCUGGUAACGCAUCAGUCCAGACGCCAUCGCAUGCCAAUUGCACUGAUUCUUGGGCUAAGACGCAGCAAGAGAUCCUCAAUACUUUGGAUACUGAGGCUGUUCGUAUAUUCCUCGACAUACAUACUUCUUGGACUCAUCACAGUCACUGGUUGCAGGCUAACAAUGCUGGACGCGAAACUCCACCACGUUCUCAUAUGCAUAUCGUUGCCAAGAUUCUGUCUGUUCUUUAUUCAAGCGAGAAGCAUAUAACUGUUGUGGUUGAAUUUUUCAUGAAUCGCAUGUCUGAGCUCAUUCAGAGCUUAUCUCAAUUACUGACCACGGCUUACUCUCAGGACUAUAAAUCCAGCGAGGUAUUAUUUUUGUCUACGUCCAACAAUUUUGAUGACGGACGUGAUCUAGAGCACCGUAUAGGAGCUUUCGUACGCAUUGUCAACUUGGUAAAUGAUAUGUUUACGGAAGGAACAAAGACUAGCAACUCAUGGGAUGGUUCUGCAUCGGAUGGUAACAUCGAGCGUUUGAACGAGUUCUACAGUGAAUUGAAAUUCGAUAGCCUUUGGUUAUCGCUUGAUUUAGCCUUGACGAAUCUAUGUAAGUCUUCACCGCUUGCUUCCGCUGCGGAUGCCGAGAUGGGUGGCACCACUCCGUUAUCCAGCGGUCGUGACAAGCUAAUGGACAAUUCAGCAGCUUUGGAGCAACUACUCUUUUUGGUACCCUUGAUAGAGGUCUUUAUGACAAUUACACAGAUAAGGGUUGCCCGUGAUUAUUCGUUGGAUGACGUCUCAGAUCUUGAUAAUGCAAUGUCAAUAGUAAACUUUGACUAUGAGUUACCUGAGGGUAACCUGGACUUCAUUGGGGUGGCGCAGAAAGAACGUGUUUCUCCUCAAAAGCAGCCUUGGGAUGGUGAAGACAGUGCCUUGGAGAUAUCUCCAAAUCAUUUGAGUUUGAUAUAUUUCACUGAGCGUCAUUCCAGGGCGCUAAAUUGCUUGAUUCGUCAAACCCCUUCGUUGUUGUCUAACAAUUUCAUUGCCAUUGUAAGGUUAGCUCCCAAAUGUUUGAACUUCGACCUUAAACGUCAAUAUUUCCGCCAGAAGCUUAAAGAGGGCCGUCAGGGCAUGCGCCUGGAAACACUGCGCAUCAAUGUGCGUCGUGAACAUGUAUUUUUGGAUUCUUAUCAUCAGCUGCGUUUGCGUAGCGGUGAUGAGAUGAAGGGAAAACUAUCGGUAUCUUUUGGUGGUGAAGAAGGUGUCGAUGCGGGUGGACUAACUCGUGAGUGGUUCAACAUCCUUGCGAAGGAGAUGUUUAAUCCCAACUACGGUUUAUUCCGUCGUGAAGGUCGCAAGCAGGAGUUCAACCAUCCUAAUCCUUUGAGCGGUAUCAAUCCGGAUCACUUGAAUUUCUUUAAGUUUAUAGGUCGUGUCAUAGGCAAGGCCGUGUAUGAAGGUCAGCACAUUGAUGCUUAUUUCUGUCGCUCAUUUUACAAGCAUAUGUUGUGUCGCAAGAUAACUCCUGCAGAUGCUCAGUCGGUUGAUCCUCAAUUUUAUGAGAAUUUGACUUCUAUUAACAAUUGUCGACUUGAGGACAUGGGCCUUGAAUUGUUUUUUUCAACGGAAAUUGAUGAAUUCGGUAAGGUCAAGGUAAUCGAUUUAGUUCCUGAUGGUCGCAACAUUCCUGUAACUGACGAGAAUAAGCAAAAGUAUAUUGAGUUACUAUGUCGUCACAAGGUGACUAAUGGCAUUAAGGAUCAGUUGGAUGCUUUCAUGUCCGGUUUCCAGGAACUCAUUGCCCCUGAGUUGAUAUCUAUUUUUGACGACAAGGAGUUAGAACUGUUGAUUAGUGGCAUCCCUACUAUAGAUUUACGCGAUUUACGCGAAAAUGUUGAGUACGUAGGCUACACCGACCACAGUGAUCAGAUAGUCUGGUUAUGGGAGUUUUUGGAGGGGUUGGAUCAGAAUAAUUUGGCUGCAUUUUUACAAUUUGUCACUGGUACCAGCCGGGUACCACUUGGUGGUUUCAAGAAUUUGAUGGGUAUGAGAGGCCCUCAACGUGUGUCUAUACAUCGUACAUUUGGUGAUGACAGACUUCCUUCUGCGCAUACAUGUUUUAAUCAGCUGGACCUUCCAGCUUACCCUUCCCGUGAGAAGCUGCAGCAAAAGAUGAUGCAGGCUAUAGUAGAGGGUAAGGAAGGUUUCGGAUUCAUUUAAACUAUAAAAACAUUAAAACCAUUAAGUGUUCGCAUAUAUAACGCGUAGUUAGUAAUUUUUUCAACUAAACAUUUUGCAAGUAUAGUACAAAUGAAUGAAA